UACACAUUUCCAAACAGCUGUUGUAAAUAAACGAAUGACAUAUUGCUAGCUAGUCUUUGAUACCGGCAACAAGCAUAUCUUUUUUCAAGAUUUUACUACUUUCGUUAUCCAUUACAGGUGUUUGCCUCCUAACAAUUGACUAAACGAAAGUUACCGGCAGUCAGACCUGAAUUUAAACUGCCACCACCUCAGCGCUCUUUGGAACAUCAAAACGUGAUGCAUUUAACGUUAGCGAGCUAACGUAGCAAAUUGAUACUAACGGGGUAACGUUACGACUUGGACCAAGGGGAAUUGAGCAGUUAGCUCACAGUCUAGCUCCCUAACUUAUUGUUAUCAAUCUGGACAGCUGACCAGACAGCUAACUAGUUUACACCCGCUGCUUUGCUGGAGAAGUCGGCCCACGCAAAGAUAGCUGGGCAGUCGCGCCCAUUUAACAUUAGCUAGGCGCAUCAACGUUAGUUAGCUACCUAUCUCCCGCCUGUCCGCUGGUCAGACCGGGGAGAUUGCCUUGUCACGGGGUUUCGUUGUGGCCGAUGCCACCGGCCCCGUUUGCCGAGGGAAGCAAAGCACCAGUUCCUGGAAAGUCGAAGGGUAAACCACAACGCUAGCUAAGGUUAGCUAUCCUACUCCAACCCGAACGGGACCGUGGCUGUGUACGUAGUGACAGCUCUGUAUUUGAUUGUAGUUAGCUAGCCAGCUAACCGUUUGCCAGGGCUGUUGGACCAGUGUUAUAGAGCAAUGGGGGAGUUAAAUAAAGAGGUUGUGGAUCUAGUUUGGAAAAGACCAGGCAGCAACGGGGUGUCUGCUUCACUCUUCCGGAGAUGGACCCAAGGGUUGGUCUUCAGUGAGACAGAACACACAGCACUGGAGCAGUUUGAAGGAGGACCCUGCGCUGUCAUUGCUCCUAUACAGGCCUUCCUUCUGAAGAACAUCUUGUUUAACAGAGAGAGUUCUAACUGGAGACAUAUCACAGAGGAGGAACAGAAAGCGGCCCUGUGUUCUACUCUGGCUGAGAUCCUGGAACAGGCCUGCUCUACUUCCUCCACUACCUCCUUCUGCCUGGUGACCUGGGCCAAAGGACAGUGCCCCCUCACUACCACUCAUACACCCCUCACAGGGGGUCCAGAGACCAGCCAGACCCCGCAAGACCAGCAACCCACUGCUUUGGCUGAUGAGGAUCUUGGCUUUGAGCGGUUUCACAGCAUCCUCCAGAAGCGUAUUGUGAAGUCAUUAUCAGAGCUUAGAGAGGAGGUGGUGUCUCUCUACGAAACCUGGAAAGGGCGCUGUGGAGUCCUGUUCUUCCUCUACUCUGUCAUCCUCACCAAGGGGAUAGUUAACAUCAGGAAUGAGAUUGAAGAUACUACAGAGCCUCUCGUAGAUCCAGUCUAUGGCCACGGCAGUCAGAGUCUGGUUAACCUGUUAGUGACGGGCCAUGCUGUCUCUAAUGUGUGGGAUGGAGACAGGGAGUGCUCUGGCAUGAAGCUCCAUGGUAUCCACAACCAGACAUCCGUGGGCUUCCUCACUCUCAUGGAGUCACUACGCUACUGCAAGGUGGGUGCGUUCCUGAAGUCUCCUAAGUUCCCUAUAUGGAUCCUUGGCAGUGAGACUCAUCUCUCAGUGUUCUUCGCCAAGGAGAUGUGUCUGGUGGCUCCUGAGUCUCCAUCUGAACAGGCCAGGAGAGUCUUCCAAACCUUUGACCCAGAAGAUAACGGCUUUAUUCCAGACUCUCUGUUGGAGGAGGUGAUGAAGGCACUAGACCUCGUCUCAGAACCUGAAUACUAUGUGAGUCUGAUGAAGAGUAAGUUGGAUCCAGAGGGCUUGGGGAUCGUGCUGCUGGCUCCGUUCCUCCUGGAGUUCUUCCCUGAUCAGGAUACUGGAAUCCCAGACUCCUUCCCUGUCUACCACUACAAUGGCCUGAAACAGUCCAACCACAACGAGAGGGUGGAGUAUGUGCAGGGUACGGCCCUGGUCCUGGGCUUGGAGGACCCCAUGGUGAGGACAGAUGACACUCCAGUGAAGCGCUGCCUCCAGACCAAGUGGCCCUACAUAGAACUGCUGUGGAAUACUGACCGCUCUCCUUCACUUAACUAACUCGCUGCUAGGGUGGUAGAGGACUGACUGAUCUCUACAGGAAAGAAGGCCACAAAGACUGAGACACACAGUACAUGUACACUGCUGCACACACACACAACAAUUUGCUCACUGUCCUGGGCAGGACAAAAACACAGAACACGCCAUUACACACACCCUUGACAUACAGACACACUUGUUUACUGUUAAUGCUGUUGUGUUUUACAUGACUGUAAAUGAAGUCACAGGAUGUUUUUGGUUUGUUGUAAAAAUCUGAAUGAAUUAUUAUUGUCACCCUGUAGAUGACUGUUUUAUACUCUGGGAUAUAUGCACCUAAUAAGAACUACAUGUAAAGGAAACAGCUGACCACGUUGGAUGUAAACCUGUAACUGACUGACUGGAGCUAUGCUUCUGUAACACCCAGCUUUCUGACUGUUAAAGAAAUAAACAACCAAAGCUUUCCGCAAGACAAAUAUACAGUGGGGCAAAAAAGUAUUUAGUCAGCCACCAAUUGUGCAAGUUCUCCCACUUAAAAAGAUGAGAGAGGCCAGUAAUUUUCAUCAUAGGUACACUUCAACUAUGACAGACAAAAUGAGGAAGAAAAUUCAGAAAAUCACAUUGUAGGAUUUUUAAUGAAUUUAUUUGCAAAUGAUGGUGGAAAAUAACUAUUUGGUCAAUAACAAAAGUUUAUCUCAAUACUUUGUUAUAUACCCUUUGUUGGCAAUGACAGAGGUCAAACGUUUUCUGUAAGUCUUCACACACACUUGCUGGUAUUUUGGCCCAUUCCUCUAUGCAGAUCUCCUCUAGAGCAGUGAUGUUUUGGGGCUGUUGCUGGGCAACACGGACUUUCAACUCCCUCCAAAGAUGUUCUAUGUGGUUGAGAUCUGGAGACUGGCUAGGCCACUCCAGGACCUUGAAAUCCUUCUUAUGAAGCCACUCCUUCGUUGCCCGGGCGGUGUGUUUGGGAUCAUUGUCACGCUGAAAGAACCAGCCACGUUUCAUCUUCAAUGCCCUUGCUGAUGGAAGGAGGUUUUCACUCAAAAUCUCACGAUACAUGGCCCCAAAGUUAUAUUUUGGUUUCAUCUGACCAUAUGACAUUCUCCCAAUCUUCUUCUGGAUCAUCCAAAUGCUCUCUAGCAAACUUCAGACGGGCCUGGACAUGUACUGGCUUAAGCAGGGGGAGACGUCUGGCACUGCAGGAUUUGCGUCCCUGGCGGCGUAGUGUGUUACUGAUGGUUGGCUUGGUUACUUUGGUCCCAGCUCUCUGCAGGUCAUUCACUAGGUCCCCCCGUGUGGUUCUGGGAUUUUUGCUCACCGUUCUUGUGAUCAUUUUGACCCCACGGGGUGAGAUCUUGCAUGGAGCCCCAGAUCGAGGGAGAUUAUCAGUGGUCUUGUAUGUCUUCCAUUUCCUAAUAAUUGCUCCCACAGUUGAUUUCUUCAAACCAAGCUGCUUACCUAUUGCAGAUUCAGUCUUCCCAGCCUGGUGCAGGUCUACAAUUUUGUUUCUGGUGUCCUUUGGCAGCUCUUUGGCCUUGGCCAUAGUGGAGUUUGGAGUGUGACUGUUUGAGGUUGUGAACAGGUGUUUUUUUAUACUGAUAGCAAGUUCAAACAGGUGCCAUUAAUACAGGUAACAAGUGGAGGACAGAGGAGCCUCUUAAAGAAGAAGUUACAGGUCUGUGAGAGCCAGAAAUCUUGCUUGUUUGUAGGUGACCAAAUACAUAUUUUCCACCAUAAUUUGCAAAGUCAUUAAUUAAAAAUCCUACAAUGUGAUUUUCUGGGGACAAAAAUUAUCAUUUUGUCUGUCAUAGUUGAAGGGUACCAUUGAUGAAAAUUACAGGCCUCUCAUCUUUUUAAGUGGGAGAACUUGCACAAUUGGUGGCUGACUAAAUACUUUUUUGCCCCACUGUAUAUGCACACACACACACACCUAUUUGAACUACAUCUGAGUUAGUUUGACCUCUUAAUACUGAGGCAGGGUAUCCCUGACCCAGAUUAGGUAUACUGCAUUAUCGCCAUGGAAAUAGUCCAGGUGCAGCCUAAAUCUGGGGCUGGGAAAGUAGCCUCAAUGGUUUUUACAGGAGAUCACACACUGGUGUUUACAGCAUAAAUGGACCAAUCACAGCAGAGAUAUGAAGACACUCCUCCUGUUUAGUGGUUUGACCUGGAAGUAGAACCUUUGGCUGGUUUUACACGUUGUGCAACUUCUCAAUUCACACCAACGCAGGACUUGACAUGGUAUUUGUCACCCCCCCCCACGAAUACACGAAUAAACAAUUUUUUCUUCA